AUGGCGUCGCAGCUGCCAAGACCAUCCGGCGACAACUUUUCGAGCGCCGUUGCUUGGGCCAGCGCGGCGGGCGAGACCGCAGGGGCCGCUUUCAAGAAAGCUGCCGGUGCCGCGCGUGUGCAAGCCGGCCAGGUGAAAGCAGUGGUGGACAGCCAGGUGUGGCCGCCAUUCGGUGCGAGCUCAGGUGUAGCCUCUGGUGCAGCAAGAUCGCCGUUCCAGUCUGAUGAGCCUCACGCGGGGUCGCUUCCUCCUGUGCAGAUCCGAGUGUGCACCUGGAACCUGCAUGGCAAUCCGAUUGACCCCUCGGACCACAUCGAGCGGUGGUUGAGGCCCGACGAGGAUGCGGCAGACGUGAUUGUUGUUGGCGUCCAGGAACUCGUGGACCUCGGCCCCAAAACCAUGGUGUUGAACACCUCCGGCGAUGAGCAGCGUCAGGCUGCUCUUGAGUCGCGCGUGGAGCAGGCUUUGCAACCACGAGGCAGCCCCGGGACUUACAUCAAGAUCUGCAGCUUCGGCAUGGUCGGCCUAGCCCUGCUCAUUUACAUUCAGGCAUGGCUGCAGCCAUGCGUGAGACAGCUGCGCAUCGACCGGGUGAAGACAGGCUUGGAUGGCAUUGGCGGCAACAAAGGAGGCGUUUGUGCCAGGUUCCUGCUCGGCUCCCUGUCAGUCUGCGCUGUCAAUGUGCACCUCGCUUCUGGACAGCACGCCGUUUCUGAGAGGAGUCAACAUCUGGGCCAGGUUCUGAGCGAUGCGUUCCAGAGCACGUCCUCCAAGGGGGCAUUACGCCCGGCCAAGAACGGCUUCGAGCGCACCUCCUCAUAUCGCAUUGCUCAGCAUGACCUUUGCAUCAUCACCGGCGACUUCAACGCUCGACUGGACCUGCCCAAAGAAGCCUCCUGGCCGCAAGGCUCUCAGGAGGCCCUGGCCUUGCAGCUUGCGGUCUCGAAGCUUCCAGGAAGUGCCUCAGGAGCGUGA